UAUAAACCUUGACUUUGAGGUUUCGUGCAACAGUGCCUACUAUAAUAUAGCUUCUCUCCAUUCUCUAAAUAUCAGCAGUUUCAUUACCAAUCUCCAGACCCCAAAAAUCUCCAAAAAUGCAAGAAAAGAAGGCGGAAACGGGAAGUAAAAAUGCAAAGAAGGCGAAUCUCUUAGAUCACAACUCCAUCAAACACAUCCUCGAUGAAUCAGUCUCUGAGAUUGUCACGAGCCGUGGAUAUGUAGAAGAUGUGAGGCUGAGCAAUGUCAGAUUGUUCCUUGGAACGAUUAUAAUUGUAAUCGCUCUUUUUGCUCAAUUUUACAAAAAGAAGUUCCCCGAAAACCGAGAUUUCCUCAUCGGUUGCAUCGUAUUGUAUAUAGUUUUCAAUGGAUUACUCCAGCUGAUUAUCUACACAAAGGAAAAGAAUGCAAUUCUAUUUACUUAUCCUCCUGCUGGAUCCGUCACCAGCACCGGUUUAGUGGUCUCUUCAAAGUUGCCAAGAUUCUCUGAUCUUUAUGCACUUACUAUAGCGAGUGCAGAUCCCAAGUCCAUAUCUGCCGGGAAACCAGUAGAGUUUACCAAAAGUGUUACCCAGUGGCUCACAAAGGAUGGAGUAUUGGUGGAGGGCCUAUUCUGGAAAGAUGUUGUGGCACUAAUAGAUGAUUAUUCAGCAGAACCGAAGAAAAACAAGUGAUCUAGAUAGCAAGGCUUACCUUGAUAGGUUACCGGUGACUGAAUUCUGGCCAUGUUGUGACUUUGAUAUAGAUGUGCACUAAAAUUAUUGUUCUUGUGUUGAAAAUUUUGAACUAAAAAUCAACUUUGCCUGAAGAUUAGGGGACAAUUUACAUCGUUAGUCAAUAACGAUUCCUGCUAAUGAAUGAGCUUUGGCAUCAUUAGCUUUAUUGAAUGUUGUAUCUAUUGCCGUGUUC